AUGGCAUUAUCUAAAAUUAAUAUUCCUCAAGCUGCUCAACACUUUUUAGAGUGUGACACUGAAAAAUGUGAAGGAAACUGUGAGUUCUAUUGCAACCCUUGUCAUCGCAGAUUGUGCAAACAGUGCACAGAUAAGCAUCUGAGAAAUGCAAGAGGCAAAAAACAUGAGGUGGUCCUUUAUGGUCAACGUAAACGCCAUUUUCCUGCGGAGAAAUGCAAAAUCCACUGCAAUAAAGAUGUAGCCAUGCUCUGUGAAGAAUGCCAAGUUCCUGUAUGUUCCAAAUGUGUAAUACACCAAAACCAUCGAGGACAUAUAUUUACUGAUCUAGAGACAAUUUUUGCAGAAAGGUAUGCAAACUUUCAACAAGAAAUCUUUAAAAUUAGGGAGUAUUUUCUACCUACAUCACAAGUUAUACAGAAAGAUAUUAAAAAGGAGUCCUCAGAAAUCAAACACAUCAUGGACAACAUCAGAAGAUCCAUGAAGACUGAAUUUAAGUCCCUGAAAAGUUUAGUAGACUUAGUCAUAUCUGAGAACAUUAAGCAGUUAGACCAGAUAGAGCAAUCGCUGUUAGAAGAUCUAAACACCCAAGACAAGACCAUGGAUGAAUACAUCGCUUACCUUAAUAACCUUGUCAAAGAGCUGCAAAGAUGCCUGUCCUCUACAGAAACCCACAAAUUAAUGUCUGAGAAGAAACCAAAGAUCCGAUCCAUACCAGAGACAACAAAACCAGUCACACCAAGAUUAAUUGCUGGCCAUUUCAGCAAAAGUAAUAUCACUCAAUUACUUGGAGAAAUAUAUUUCCCAAAUGUUAAAGCACAGAAAAGAGAAAUUAGAUCCUUGGAAAAUGUCUACAAUACAGCAAUGAAACCUACACAAAAACAAGUGAAAAAAGACAGACAAAAAUCUGACAAUAAACAAACAAUGUCUUUAUCUGCCUCUGUCACUAAGGUCAGGGAGUUCAGUGUACCAGGUGUUAGAAGUAUAUGCCAUACAUCAUUAGAUCAAUCAGGCAGACUCUGGAUCAGCGACAGUGAGGGUAAUCUUGUCCAAACAGAUCUACUGGGAAAUGCGAUGCAGAAGGUAGAAACCAGUUGGGAAGAUGAAGGUUACCACACAGUCACACACGACGGUGAUUUGAUCUUUACAGACCAAGACAAGAAAGUCAUCAACAGGAUUGCAACGGGUAACAAUAUCGCUGAAUUCAUUAUUACUGGAGUGUGGGAACCAAUCAGCAUUCACUCCUCUCACAUCAACGGGGACUUACUUGUGGGGAUGAAUAACAAAGAGAAAAGUAAAGUCGUCAGGUACAAUAAACUAGGAAAAAAACUACAGAGCAUAAAGAGGGAUGACAAAGGACAGAGCCUGUAUGGAGUACCACAUUAUAUCACAGAAAACAUCAAUGGGGAUAUCUGUACAUCAGACUUUGAUAUAAGAGCAAUAGUGGUGGUGAAUAAAUCAGGACAACACAGAUUCUCCUACACCGGCCAGAAAUCAGAGAUACAUCCCUAUGGAAUCUGUACUGACGUCCUCGGUCACAUCCUGUUGUGCGAUGGAUUCUUUAAUAAUAAAACUGUUCACCUCCUUGAUCGGGACGGCCAGUUCUUGUCUCUAUUACUCACGCCACAACAAGGGGUACGCUGUCCCCGAAGUGUAUGUGUGGAUGAUAAGAACAAUCUCUAUGUAGGACAAUAUGGAACAAACAUACUGACAGUGUACAAGUAUCUCCACUGAUUCUUUUUGGGAACUACAAACCAUGACUUCU